AUGGAUCCCGAUGAAAUUAAUAAAGCGCUCGGGCAAAUUUUAGGCGAUGAUGAAUCGAAUAAUGAACUUGUUGUUGAAGAUAGUACAACUGUACAGGUAAACUAUUUUACUAUUUUAUUUUUUUUUCAAUGAUAAGAGUCUAACACUCCAAGAAAUAAUCAUGAUCGCGUGAUCUUUUUGAUAAGUUUUUUAGUCUUCAUACAGUCUCUUAUCAACAUGUGUUUCAAUGGCAAAAAGUGUGAUGAUUGAUUAGGUGAAAUUGAGAAGAAAUUGGUUUCAGGUAACAAAUCCGGAAGCGCGAAAAACUGGCGAUAAAAUCGAAGUGUUCUACACAAGAAAAACAACAGUUGUAUCACCAGGAAAUUCGGAUGAUGAGGAUUUUUGCUCAGAUUCUGAACUAUUAGGGCAUAGUGAUGAGGGACCGAGAUCGAGAGCCACUUCUUUUCAUGGAAGACCGAGAGCUGGAUCGGAAGAUGAGACAUUUGUGCCAAAACAUACGGUUUUGAGGUGAAUGAGAAAUGAAAUUGAAAGAGUUCACGUUGAAAAAGUGAAAAUUAAAUAUGGCAGAUUAAAAGAUCACGCUAAAACGAUUGUAAUUCCAAAAAUGAAAAAUCAAUAAAUUUUAAACGUUCUCUUUAAAAUUUAUUCUUCCAGAUAUCGUCGUAAGAAAGGCGGUCAAUGGCGAGAAGUAAAUCUGCAAGGAACACCCGAUAAACGAAAAGAUGAUGAAGAUGAACUUGAAGUUGAUGUAAAAGAAGACAGAUCUGAAGAAACUGGAAUUGUCACCAAAACCUAUGAAGCCAGAUGGAAAGUUUUGAAAUAUGAACAUUUACCCGAAUGGCUACAAGAUAAUGAAUUUUUGAGGUAUUGAUUCUACAUACAAACAAAGAAAAAUAAUACUAAUUGCUCAUUUUAGACAUGGUCAUCGACCGCCACUUCCAUCAUUUUCUGAAUGUUUCAAAAGUAUAUGGUCGCUGCAUACGGAGACCGGAAAUAUUUGGACACAUUUGAUCGGAUGUAUCGCGUUUUUUGUUUUAGCUUGUUGGUUUUUGAGGCCUGAUAAUCAUAUUCAAUUUCAGGAAAAGGUAAGGUUUGGGAAGUUUUUUGGGGAUGAGAAAAGUUCGGAGUCCAGAAAAAAAUGGUGUGAUAAUUUUUGUGAGAAAAAAAUUCAGUCAAAUUUUGAACGAAAAAUAAUUUUUUGAUGAAUAAUUAAAGAUAAAUAUCUGAAUUAUGAAACUGGAGCUCAUUACACGAAAAUUCCAACUGAAGUCAAGAAUUCUCUGGCGUUCUGAAAAUCACAAACCACUUUUGAUUUUGCAGAUUGAAAUUUCAAAUUUCUGUUCAACUCGAAUCAAAAUUCUGUUCAACUCGAAUAAAAUUCCGGAAAUAUUAUUCAUAUUGAAGCCCCGUAAAUUUAUCAUUUUUUGAAUGAAAUUUCAACUUUUUAAAAACAAAAUUCUCUUUUUGAAUAACAACAAUUCAAAUUUUGAGAAUAUUCCGAAAAUCCUACCCUCCACAUCUCAAUUUUUCAGGUAGUAUUUUCAUUUUUCUUCGUCGGUGCUGUUUUAUGCCUCGGUUUAUCAUUCGCAUUUCAUACAUUAUCAUGUCAUUCAGUAAGUGUCGGUAAAUUCUUCUGCAAACUCGAUUAUAUGGGAAUAUCACUAUUAAUUGUUGGCUCAUUCAUUCCAUGGAUUUAUUACGGUUUUUAUUGUCGUCGUGAGCCAAAAAUCACGUAUAUUGCAAUGGUGUGUGUUUUGGGUGUCGGCGCAAUUAUUGUCUCAUUAUGGGACAAGUUUAGCGAAACGAAAUUCCGACCGGUUCGAGCUGGAGUUUUUGUUGGAAUGGGAUGUAGUGGAAUUGUUCCGACUAUUCAUUAUAUUAUUACCGAUGGAGUUCGAUCACUUUUUGAGGAUAACUCAUUUCAUUGGCUAUUAUUAAUGGCAUUCCUUUAUCUUCUUGGUGCACUUUUAUAUGCGACAAGAACUCCUGAACGAUUUUUCCCAGGAAAAUGUGAUAUUUGGGUGAGAUACUUUUUGUUGAAAAAAUUCAUGGAGAAAAGAAUUUGCUUGAAAAUUCAUCUGAUUUUUUUAGUGCUCAAAAAGUUACUGUAAAUGUUUUUAUUUUCAAAAUAAUUAUCUAAAAAAUUGGAAGAUUUUGUUUUAUUUUAAAAUUAAUUUGGUGAAUCGAAAAUUCCGUGUAUCUAAAAUGAGAAAUUCUAAAAAAUGUAUCGAAAAUUCUAUACAUCAAGUUUUCACUGGUGAAACUUGCCUCACAAAGAUUCUUUAAUUUUUUUUUUAAAUAAUAAAAAACACAAAUUUAAAUCCCAAUUCCCGUUUUUCCGAAAAUCUCUUUUAAAACUCUUCUAAAAUUUUGCAGUUCCAAUCUCAUCAAUUAUUCCAUACUUGUGUUGUGAUUGCUGCACUUGUUCAUUAUUAUGGUAUUUACGAAAUGGCUCUAGCUCGACUUAAUGAAAAAUGUCCCAUUCAAUAG